AUGAAACUGGUAUCUCCGUGUAUUCAAUGGUACAUUUUGGCAACGAUAAUCGACGCGGCAUUUGCAGAACGUCGCAUAGACGAAGGAGAAAGAUAUUGGCCACAUCAAGACAUCCGUCGGGCACUGGAAAACACCGAUAAUAAAUCUUGGAUGUUCUAUCGAACAUUAAGGAGGUCGCCGCCGCGUUCUGAACACACGUGCGUGUAUGCAGACGUGAAAGGGAAGGAAUCAGAUGGAAAGUCUUACAAAUUUGUGCAGGGUUAUAAAAACGGAGAUGGAAGCCAAACGACACAAACACUGUAUGCAUUUCCUUAUCAGACAGAGAACUGGGAAGGUAAAAACCGUUCAAAAGAGAAUGCCAUGCGUGUAAAACAAAAUAAAGAUGCUCCAAAUGGAAAACGAUACCAGCUCAUUUACUCUGACUUUAAGUGUUGCGACAUAUUAAGAGUCUUGGACGAAGAUAAUGGAGCUGCUUGUGAGCUCUACCUUCAUGACAAAUGUGUCAGUCAACCUGUACCUAAAUUGUGUGAAUCUAUAUAUGGGAAUGCUUGCGGAAAAACUGACGCCUUCAAGAAUCAAGUAUAUAACAACAGCUGCAAGAAUACGACUGAAGACACCAGGAAGCCUUCUACAAAGGCGCCCGAACCUGGAGAGACGCCAAAAGAGCCUCCCCCAGAGGCCCCAGAAACUCCAGAGGAAACAACUACCACUCCAACAUUGCCCCCUGGGUGCUAA